UCCUUUACGGCCUCUCAGCACCCGCUCCGGCCUCUUGUGCAGUAGCAGCAAACAUGGAGACAGCUGGGAAAGUGAUCAAGUGCAAGGCUGCUGUUGCAUGGGAAGCUGGGAAACCUCUUUCCAUCGAAGAGGUGGAGGUGGCCCCACCUAAGGCCCAUGAAGUUCGCAUUAAGAUCUUUGCCACAGGAGUGUGUCAUACCGAUGCUUACACUCUGAGUGGCAGUGACCCUGAGGGCCUUUUCCCAGUCAUCUUGGGCCAUGAAGGUGCUGGGACAGUCGAGAGCGUUGGUGAGGGUGUCACCAAAUUCAAGCCUGGUGAUGCUGUCGUCCCAUUGUACGUGCCGCAGUGUGGAGAAUGCAAAUUCUGCAAAAAUCCCAAGACCAACCUUUGCCAGAAAAUUAGAGUAACCCAGGGCAAGGGCCUGCUCCCUGACAACACCUCACGCUUCACUUGCAAGGGGAAGCAAGUGUUUCACUUCAUGGGGACCAGCACCUUCACUGAGUACACCGUGGUAGCCGACAUCUCUCUGGCCAAGGUGAACGAGAAAGCUCCCCUGGAUAAAGUGUGCCUUCUUGGAUGUGGCAUUUCCACUGGUUACGGUGCUGCUCUUAAUACUGCCAAGGUUGAGCCUGGGUCUACAUGUGCCGUGUUUGGCCUCGGAGCUGUUGGCUUGGCUGCUAUUAUGGGCUGUAAGGUUGCUGGGGCAACCAGGAUCAUUGGUGUGGACAUCAACGCUGCAAAGUUCGAGAAAGCAAAGGAAUUUGGAGCCACUGAGUUUGUGAACCCAAAGGACCACAGCAAGCCCAUCCAGGAGGUUCUGGUGGAGAUGACUGACGGCGGUGUAGACUAUUCUUUUGAGUGCAUUGGAAAUGUGCAAAUCAUGAGAGCGGCUCUGGAGGCCUGCCACAAAGGAUGGGGUGAAAGUGUCAUCAUCGGUGUAGCCGGAGCUGGACAGGAGAUCUCCACCAGACCAUUCCAGCUGGUGACAGGCCGAGUGUGGCGGGGCACAGCCUUUGGAGGCUGGAAAAGUGUGGAGAGUGUUCCCAAACUGGUGGACGACUACAUGAAUAAGAAGUUGAAGGUAGAUGAGUUUGUGACCCACACUCUCCCCUUCGAGAAGAUCAAUGAGGGAUUUGACCUCAUGCACGCUGGAAAGAGUAUCCGCGCAGUCCUGACCUUCUGAAGUGCCUAAAACAUCCUUCACAUCCUGCCUUGAAACAAUCACUUUUCAUUGUUGCAGCACUUACUUCUCUGCACUUGUCGUUGAUUAUAUAAUUUUCAGUAUUAGAACUCAAUUUCUUUCUAACACCAAUAUAUUUUUGAAAUUGCCUAAAUGGUUCCAUUAAAUCUAUUUAAAUUCA